UCUUUGAGUCUGACCGACGGAUGAGGUCACGACAACCACCGAGAAAUCUCGACGACCGAGACACCUAUCGCCAAACGAAAAAAGCGGCAUGAUUCACAUGAGUGAUAGUACCCAAUGAAAGAAUAGUUGAAGGGUUUCAAAGGUUUAGUGACUCCCUAGGUAGCCGAGAUGGCGCCUCGAUUCGACUCACCUCCUCCCACCCCAAACUCAUUUUCAAGGCCCAAACCGAGGCCGCCAAAGUCGCCGGCUCAAGUCGCUCAAAUUCGGGUUCGAAACCGGAGGCGCGAAUAUCUAGAGAGGAACCCGGAGUAUCUCAAGUCCGCGGAGCAUGAGUUUGCCGACCCCCUCCUCUACGAUUCCCUCAUCCGCAGCUUCCACACCCCCGCGGAACGAGAAGCCGAGGGCCGAGCAAAGGGCUACUCCCGCACGCUAGAGAUCUCCCUCCUCCGGGGCGAAGCCCGCCUGGCGAAGCUAGCAAGCGAGGCAGGCGGCGGCGGUGACGACGACGACACCCGCCCCGCAGGUCCCGCAGCAGGGGCCAUGGCGCCACCUGCGACGGGGUUCGCGCUGGACGCGGACAUUGCGCCCGCUCCGACGACGCGGGAGGAGGGCCGGGAGCGGUGGGAGGCGUUCGUGCGGGACCGGUUCGUGGCGGGGCGGGACGACGAGUUCGAGUACCGCGCCGUCGAUGAGGACGACGACCUCGACGUGCUGGAGAGGAUGGAUCUCGAGGAGGCGUGGUUCGACGACGAGACGCCGGAUUGGGCAAGCGGCGCUGGGGAGGGGGCGCGCGGGGGUGAGCAGGUGGCGGAGGUGGAGGUAGAGGAGGAGGAGGAGGAGGUCGGGAGGGGUUCGCGGCCGGAGAGGAUACUGCAUGGAGAGACGGGCGUGCAGGACUUCUGAGUUGGGCCUCAACACCUUGAGAUUGACAUGGGACUCGUUGCCUCCCUGCCAUCCGUGCGAAUCCCACCUCACCCUCGACCUCUAGGCCUCCUGAGGUCGGGCUUUCAGGAGUGGCCAACAAAGAGAUAAUGCAAACAGGGCAUGGCAGGCAUCUGUUCAUACGACAACCCCUUCA